GUUUGACAUUACUUGAUGAUCGAUUUGAAAAAGUAAUGGAGGAAUAYGAUGAAGACGAGAUUGGUGCCUUAGACCAUGAAGAAAUGACUGGUACUGUUGACCCUGAUAGUCAGAUAUUGAAUGCUUUGGCUGAAGAUUUUGAGCAUCAUGUGCCAAAAGUGCAUUUUGCAGAUGUAGAUGGAACAAAACAGGACAAAGCAAAGACUUCUAGACAAGCAAAGAACAAAAGCAGUAGUGAAGAUGACAGCGAUGACGAUGAGGACAUCAUGAGGAUAGAUGUUACUCCAAAAGAACAGUGGGAUUGUGAAUCUAUUUUAAGUACAUAUUCUAACCUAUACAACCAUCCAACUCUCAUAAAAGAAGCCCCUAAGAACAAGUCUAUAAAGCUCUCGACCAAGACAGGGAUCCCAUUAGGUGUAAUUCCAGGAAAGACAUCAGCCAAAAACAACAAYUGUUCAGAAGAYAUGGAUGUAGACAUUGCUAAACAAUGYACUGGUCCAAGACCCAAGCAUGAAGAUAAAGACGACAAAGCGCUGAGAAAACGUGCAGUGAAAGAACAGAGAAGGGCAAGACGUGUUGAAAAGAAGUCAAACAAACUGACAUUCAAGGCAGAGCAAAAAAGACAAGAACAAUCUUUAAUGAACACCAAGCAUCARCAAGGACAGAAACUUUAGUAAAGCAAACAAAUAUGGGGUCAUUCCACAUGUYARGAUUGUAAAUGACACUUUGUAAAUUCUUUUUAAAAGGGCAAGUGUAAAUUUUCCAUGCUGCAGUUCUUCCUGAAACAAARUCUUGUCCCGUUUUUUAUGUACAGGUCAACACUCCUUUUAGACAGGAUUUGGUUGUCAUGUCGUAUUCCUGUUAAUACAGACUUCCAGUUGAUAACAUUCAAUUAAAGUCAAUAUAAUUUCUGUGAAGCUGAAGAACAAUAAUAGCAAAGACACUUUUUAACAACAAAAUAUAUACAACAAUCUUUAUUAUUUUGUACAAUAGCUUCAAAUCUUGCUAUAAAUUUAUAUUAUUGCUUGAAUAUAGCUCAUAGCAAAGGA